GCUCCUCCUCUUCCUCUUCCAUGUCUGUCACAGUGUUGUAGAAAUGCUACACUCUGUCCUGCUCGCUUCAUGUGUGUAAAGUGAUUCAGACCUUCUUCAUCAGUGACGCCUUCACCUCAGUGGAACUUCUUCUUCUGCGUGAGGUCACUGUGGACCAGCAAGCCCAGCCGGACACUCUGCUCCACGCUGACUCCUUCUGCUGACUCCUUCUGCCGACUCCUUCUGCCGACUCCUUCUGCCGACUCCUUCUCCAGUCUGCUUUACUCCUCGCUCACAGGGAGACGACAUGGAGCGCCUCAGACUCUUCCUGCUCGUCUCUUUGGGGAUGUUUGGUGUGGGUUCUGGACUUCGCUGUUAUAAAUGCUCUGAUUACACGGGUCGCUGUCAGAACGUGCAGGAGUGCACGUAUGAAGACUCGUGCAUAUCUCUGAGUGAACGAGGUGGGAAGACGAUCCGUCAGUGUAUCCGGUACACGGACUGCGAUAACUCUCGUCUCAGUCUGAUGUUUCCCGCCGUCACCGGCUUCACCUAUCGCUGCUGCAGCAGCAACCUGUGCAACUCCGGCAACGCCGUCACCACGGCGACGCCUGUCCUGGCUCUGGUGGGGGCGCUGCUGAGCGUUUGGUGGUGUUGGGUCUGAAUGGCUGCAGGUGUUUGUAGUUCACUAACAUGAACUAAAGUGAGUGUUGUAGUCAGGUUCUCAGGUCAUUAACAAAAUGAUCUUCACAUCCUGUUUGCUCAUUUACAUAUUUUAAAGCAGUUUAACAAUAAUUAAAACAUGAACCUUUGUUUGGACUUGUCCCUGCUAACAACUUCCUGUUUCAUUUUCAAAUUCAUUCAGUUUAUCAUCAUUAUGACAUCCUUUAUUUUUUAUAUUCAAAUAAAACAAUCCUGAAAGUUGGUGCCAUCGAUGAGUUUAAUAAAUCAGUUUGACGUGU